UAUGGGAACGAGCGCAUGUACUGCAAUGUACAAGGUUAUUUAUAUCAGAUCAUUUUCCUCAAUUUAAAGGUUAUAUGUAUGAUAACUGCAGUCAUUGUUUAUAAUUCUUAAUGACCUUUAAUUAAUUUAUUCGAUUUUUAUUAAAUGAUAAAACAUUAACAGUAAAUUAUAUAUAAAUUGUUAAAUAAGUUUAAUUUCUCAACAUGUUUAAGAAUAAAAUUAAAACUGUGUUGAUAGACUUGAAUGGAACACUGCAUAUAGAAAAUACAGCCGUUCCAGGUGCUGUUGAUGCACUCAAUAGGUUGAGAGAAAGUAAUGUAAAAAUCCGUUUUGUAACGAAUACUACGAAAGAAUCCAAACGAUUACUAUGGGAGAGGCUGGUUGGACUCGGCUUUAGUCUAAAACCUGAAGAAAUGUUUUCGUCUUUAAUUGCUGCUAAAGAAUUAAUUGUUUCUCGCCAAUUAAGACCAAUGCUGUUUCUCGAGAAAAUUGCAAUGGAAGAUUUUAAUGGUACUAAUUUUAAUAAUUUAAUUGAUAUAUUUAACCCUCCUAAGAGAAUUAUGCUUUAGAUUCAGUUGAAAAAGUUUAUGAUCAUGGAUUCAUAUAUACUUUAUUGCAAUAUUUUUAGGUUACUGUUGAAUGGUGCACAUUUUAUUGGAAUCCAUAAAGGAAGAUAUUAUAAACUAAAAGAUGGCUUAGCGCUUGGUCCAGGGCCAUUUAUAUCAGGUUUAGAAUAUGCUACUGGUAAGACUGCAGAAAUAGUUGGAAAACCAGAAACUUUAUUUUUUCACCAGGCUCUGUCGUCUAUUAACUGUAAGCCAGAGGAAGCUGUAAUGAUUGGUGAUGAUGUUAGAGAUGACGUGGAAGGAGCACAGCGUGCUGGAAUAACGGGUAUGCUUGUAAAAACAGGAAAAUAUAGACCAGGAGAUGAAGAAACAAUAUCUCCACCUCCAAAUCAUGUGUUUGAUAGUUUUUCCACAGCUGUCGAUUACUUAUUAGAAAGCCUUAUUUAAUUACUGUGAAAAGUAUAGGUAUUUAUAUAUUUCAUUAUUAAAGGGAAUAUCGAAACUUAUUCUUUUGAAUAUUAAGAAAUUAUUCGAAGAUUAUUAAUCAAUGAAAAAAUUUUUUGUUAC